AUGGCUCCCAAACUCAAUGUCACCCACAUCGGCACGGCGACUGCCGUUCUCGAGAUCGAUGGCGUCAACAUGCUCACUGAUCCCUUCUUCUCUCCCGCCGGCUCCUCUUGGCCCGUCACAGAGACGAUAACGCUGCAAGUGAGCGACGAUCCUGCUCUCCGUCUCGAUCAACUCCCCGUCAUCGAUGCCGUUCUCCUCAGCCACGAAGACCACGUUGACAACCUCGAUGAGCUGGGUCGCCGCCUGCUAGAUGGCCGCUGCGUCUUCACUACCAUGGACGGAGCAAAGAACCUGUCUCCCCGCCCUGGCGUCCACGGCCUCAAGCCCUGGGAGAAGAUCGACACCGUCAUCGCCGGAAAGAAGUUCCAGAUCAUCGGCACACCCACCCAGCACCUCGCUGGAGAUGAAUGCACUGGUUUUAUCAUUACCAACGAGGAAUUCGGACGCGGCCGUGACGGUCUUCCCAACGCGAUCUGGUUCACCGGUGACACCGUGUACAUCGAUGAGCUGAAGAAAGUUGGAGAGCAGUACCACAUCUGCGCUGCCAUCAUGAACUUGGGCAACGCCCACGGACCCGUCGACAAGACCGACCCCAGCAAGGGUGUCUGCCAGAUUACCAUGGACGGCAAGUCCGGCGCGCGGUUGUUCCGCGACGUCAAGGCUGAUGUUCUUGUUCCCAUGCACUAUGAGUCCUGGGGCCACUUCACACAGUUCGGAAAGGAGCUCCGCAAGGACUUUGAGGAGGAGGGUAUCAUUGACAAGGUGUGCUGGUUGACACCUGGAAAGCCUGUUUCCGUUCUAUAA